GGGAGUCGUUCACCCGCCCCAGAACACACAUUCAGCACGAUCCGAGCCGAACAGACCAGCAGAACCCCGUCAGAUUUCUGGAGACAUGGCCACAGAACAUAUUAAUGGGAAUGGUACUGAAGAACCAAUGGACACGUCUGCUGCAGUUACCCAUUCUGACCACUUCAACGCUUUAUUAGAAGCUGGUUUACCACAAAAAGUUGCUGAAAAGCUAGAUGAAAUUUACCUAGCAGGCCUUGUGGAGCACAGUGAACUGGAUGAGAGGGCCCUUGAAGCACUGAAAGAGUUCAAUGAGGAAGGUGCACUGCAAGUUCUUGUCCAGUUUAAAGAGAGCGACCUAUCCCAUGUGCAAAACAAAAGUGCCUUUCUCUGUGGAGUGAUGAAGACCUACAGUAUUCAAUCCCUGUUUUUCUCCUCUCAGUGUAACAAUCAUGAAAUUCGCUCGGGCAAACAUAUUGGCGUGUGUAUAUCAGUGGCAAACAACAGACUCUUUGUGGGCUCCAUUCCCAAGAGCAAGACAAAAGAACAGAUUGUUGAAGAGUUUUCCAAAGUCACAGAGGGUCUUACUGAUGUAAUCCUUUACCAUCAGCCGGAUGAUAAGAGAAAGAACAGGGGCUUCUGUUUUCUGGAGUACGAGGACCACAAAACUGCAGCACAGGCUCGACGGAGGCUCAUGAGCGGGAAAGUGAAGGUCUGGGGCAAUGUGGUCACCGUCGAGUGGGCCGACCCUAUUGAGGAUCCUGACCCGGAGGUCAUGGCAAAGGUGAAAGUGUUGUUUGUCAGGAACCUGGCAAACAGCGUCACGGAAGAAAUACUUGAAAAAGCUUUCGGCCAGUUUGGCAAACUGGAGCGAGUGAAGAAACUGAAAGACUACGCCUUCAUUCACUACGAUGAGAGAGAUGGAGCGGUCAAGGCGCUGGCAGAAAUGAACGGUAAAGAUUUAGAGGGGGAGCACAUUGACAUUGUGUUCGCCAAGCCACCCGACCAGAAGCGGAAAGAGAGGAAGGCGCAGCGUCAAGCAGCGAAGACGCAAAUGUGAGUUUGGUGUAUUUACAUCAGGGGAGUCCAACCCUGCUCAUGAACGGCUGCUGUCCUCUAGACUUCAGUUCCAACUCUUAUCCAGCACACUUGGUGUGAACACCUU